UCUUACCAUCUCUUGCUUAUUUCUCUUUCUCUUGCUCCCCCUGCUGUAUAUGCAUUUCCUCCAUUUUUCAUUCCUAUCCCCAUCCUUUUUCUCCAGUGACCUCCCUUGCUCUCGUCUCUCUGUCUCAAUGAUUUAUCUACAGUAUAGGGAGGAACAAUUACUCCCCCCACCCCCUUUCUUAUUCUUUUAGCUGAGAAGGUAGAGGAUAGUCCAAAAAAGUGUGCAUCUGCGUGAGUCACUGCUUGUGUGUGUGUGUGUAUGUGUGGCAGGAGGAGAUCAGGAGGGGUGUGUGUAAGGAGGUGAAGAGCAUUGCGUCAUUGGGGGUGUGUUGAGCGGUAGGUGGGUUGAGCCGACUGUCAGUCAGUGACGCGAGUGGAGCACGUGCGUCGGUCAUGGCUGGGAAGACGUUGUGCGGCGGUUAUCUGGCUGUAGGCGAGGAGUGCUAGAGCCAGCCGCAGCUCCACUGACUAACGGUUGGAUCGAGGGAGUGCAUGUCUGUGUGUGUGUGUGUGUGUGUGUGUGUGUGCGUGCGUGAGUGUGUGUGUAUGAGGAGGGGGGGCAGCUGCGUUUGUAUGUCUGGGUUUAUGUAGAUGCUACUUGGGCUGCAACUGGAGCUGCUGCUGAUGCUGGUGAAUAAUGCAGACAGAGGGACGGAGUUUGGAUAGCAUGCAGGGAGCCAGAUUAAUAAUGCAUCCUGCCGGGUUACAGGCUCUGCAAUAGUUAGUUUUGCGGGAACCUGUAGCUGCCUACUGUCUGCCUGCCUUCUUGACUUAACUGACUCACCACCUACGUUUCCGCCUGCCUGCCUGCCAGGCUUUCUACUUUACUGGCGGACUGUCUGACGUACUCAGAAAAUGUCUCACUACCAUUUCAUCAAAUGUUGUUGUUUCCAGCUAUGUAAUGUCUUUCGUCAGAACAUGGAGAUAGACCAGUGUCUACUGGAGUCUCUCCCCAUUGGCCAGCGCCAGCGGCUGGUCAGGAGGAUGCGCUGUGACCAAAUAAGGGCGUACUAUGAGCGGGAAAAGAGCAUUCAGCGUCAGCCAGGUGCAAUCAAGGUUCGAUCAUGGUCCACCCACCGCAAGAACUACCAUGUCCGCUUCAGCCCCACCGAUGUCCUGCAGGAUGCCAUCAUUCGCCAUGACGACAAAGAAGUGUUGCGUCUCCUGAAGGAAGGAGCAGACCCCAGCACUCCUAUUGCUUCUGGGGGAUCCUUGCUACACUUGUGUGCUCGCCAUGACAAUGUCUUCGUGGCAGAGCUUCUGAUUGAGCGAGGCCUGAACUUCAACCUGCAGGACGAGGACCUGUGGACAGCCCUGCAUGUAGCGUCUGUUUGUGACCAUGCGGAUGUCGUGCUAUUGCUACUGCUGGCCGGAGUGAAUGUUAUGCUGCAGGACGUCAACGGAAACAUUCCUCUGGACUACGCCUCCGAGGGAACAGAGAGCAGCUACAUCCUCAGAAAACACCUGGAGGAAAAUGGUGUGGAUGUGUCCUCUAUGCAUGCCAUGAAGACACAGAGACCCAGCACCAUGUUGUCUGAUGUUAGACAGCUUGUAGCCACAGGCGUUAGCCUCAGCCAGCCCAACGAUGAGGGGGUCACUCUGCUCCACAUAGCAUGUGCCAGUGGUUACAGAGAGGUGGUGUCUGUGUUGCUGGGGAGUGGGGCGGACCCUCAUCCUGCUGACGACAACUUUUGGACCCCUCUUCACCUGGCUGCUAAAUAUGGACAGACAAGCAUCGUUAGCCAGCUCCUGAGACACGGGGCGAACCCGACUCUGUUGAACUGCAACCAAGACAAGCCCUCAGGCAUCGCUGCAUCAGAGCCUAUAGCUGAUAUGCUUCUGAACGCAGAGGAGAGCUGGCUGCAGAGACUGAAGGACCCCUCCGCUCCUCCACCCUCCACAGACCAACGCUACGAUGGUGGAUCGCACGACCUCACCACACCUGUCAAGAACUUGAACCCCUUGGGUCUCUCUAUCUCUAAGCAGGACAGUCUGUUUGAGAAAUGUGCCAUGUUCAGAGAGGCAGGUGGAACACUGUGCGGACAGCAGUCCCAGGAUAAUUGCCUAGAUGGCCCCUUUAGCUCUGGAGGCAGCAAACUGGAACAGGUCAAGCUGAUGCCUCCGGCCCCUAAUGAUGACUUGGCGUCCCUCAGUGAGCUGACUGACAGCAGCCUACUCUAUGAGAUGCAGAAGCGCUUCGGCAACGAUCAAAUUUAUACUUACAUUGGGCACAUCCUUCUGCUGGUCAAUCCAAAUAAAGAGCUGCCCAUCUAUUCCACUUUGGUGAGUCAGUUGUACCUGAGCUCCACAGGUCGUCUGUGCUCCUCUUUGCCCCCUCACAUCUUCUCCUCAGCAGAGAGAGCUUACCACAUGAUGCUGCAGGAGAGACGCCCGCAGUGUUUCAUCUUAAGUGGUGAAAGUGGGUCUGGAAAAUCAGAGGCAUGCAAACACAUAGUGAGACACCUGACAGCCCGCUCCAGCCCCAAAGGCUUUUCACUGGAUCCCAGAAUGAGACACGUGAACUGUAUUCUGGAGGCCUUUGGUCAUGCAAAAACCCAAAGGAACAUCAGCUCAAGCCGCUUUAUCAAGUUGUUGACCAUUCAAUACUGUGACAAGAGGAGGACACCGCUCAGAGCCCGUGUGUACACGUACAUGUUGGAGAAGUCUCGUCUGGUCCAACCGGCUCCACACCAGCACAACUUCAACAUCUUCUAUCUGAUGGCUGAAGGCCUGUCCCCUGAGGAGAAGAGCACACUUAACCUCAACAAUGUCCUGGCUCAUAGGUAUCUUAGUGGAGGAUUUCCAGAGGAGAGCCCUCCAGUAGCUAAAGCCUCUACCCAGAGCAGGGAACGCUUCGCAGCAGUCAUACAAGCCCUGCGAGCCCUGGGCUUCAACAAGCAGGAGGUUGACUCAGUGUUUACGCUGCUAUCCGCUGUGCUCCAUAUUGGGGACGUACGUUUCACCGCAUUGACAGAAGCCGAUACAGCCUUCCCUUCUGACCUGCAGCUGUUGGAGAGAGUUGCUGGAUUGUUGCAGGUGUCCUCCAACGACUUAAGCACCGCCCUCACAUCUGAUGUCCAGUACUUUAAAGGUGAUGUGAUCACUCGCCGCCACACUGUGGAGAUGUCAGAACAGUACAGAGACCAACUUGCCAAGGCCAUCUAUGGACGCCUCUUCAGCUAUCUGGUCAACAGUAUCAACCACGACCUUCAGGGAAAGGAUGACCACAUUGGCGAUCCUGCCCUGGAAAUUGGGAUCUUGGACAUAUUUGGGUUUGAAGAAUUUCAGAGGAAUGGAUUUGAGCAGCUGUGUGUGAACAUGACCAAUGAGCGGCUGAGGCAGUACGUCUCUGAGGUGCUAUUCCAGCAGGAGCAGGCUGAGUGUCUGCAGGAGGGCAUCGCCAUGGAGACCCCACGCUACCCCAGCAACCAGUCAGCCGUUCUGGACUUCUUUCUUCAGAGGCCUCAGGGACUUCUGUGUGUGUUGGAUGAGGAGAGCCAGAGCCUACGGCCAGUAGAGCAGACCCUGUAUAAGAGGCUCUCCACCCAGCUGGACUCCAAUCCCAUUCACGGCCUUUCUCUCACCACCAAGGAUGGCAAUGGAAACCCCCCACCUCAAGAUCAGGGCCCAGCCUUCAUUGUCAGCCACUAUGCUGGACAGAUUUCAUAUGAUCUCACGGGAUCAAUCACAAGAAACAAAGACCUCCUUCCUCAGAAUCUCUUGUUUACGAUGAAGUCUAGUGAGAGUGUGUUAUUGCAGCAGCUCUUCCAGUCCAAACUGACUCAGACCGGGUCGCUGGUGCCAGCCUCUCGGGGCCGCAUGGGACUGAGGGGGCCUAAAGCUGCCCUGUUGCUCCACAGGAUGCCAUCAGCCUCCCUUUUCACUGCCAACUCCGUCCCCCAACAGCCUCGGCGGUACCAUGACCUUACCAAGAUCUUGAAGAAGAAAGGCUCAAGCUCAUUCCUCCAGCGACUCGAGCGAUGUGGGCCCAUCACGGUGGCCGUCCAGCUGAGGAACUCGCUGUCAGAGGUGAUCAGCAAACUGCAGGCUUGCACUCCCCACUUUGUGGAGUGUGUCCGCCCCAACGCCUGUAGUCAGCCAGACAGUUUUGACAGCUUCCAUGUGUCUACCCAGCUGCAGUACAUUGGGGUGCUUGAGAUGGUGCGCAUGAUCCGUUAUGGAUACCCUGUCCGCUUGUCCUUCCCAGGCUUCCUCAGCAGAUAUAAAGACCUCGUUAUCCCAGCUUUGGCAGACAAGAAGAAAUUGUCACCAGAGGAGAAAUGUCGCUCAGUUCUGCAACAGUCCAAACUCCAGGGAUGGCAGAUGGGCAGCAGUAAAGUAUUUCUCAGAUACUGGCAGGCUGACCAGCUUAACGAUCGCUGCUACCAGCUUCAUAAAAAGAUCAUCACCUGUCAGCGAGUGAUGCGUGGCUGGCUGGCCAGGCAGCAGGUUCAUCGCAGGCUGUCAUUACAGCAGAAAGACGAGAGCAGUGUGCAGCGUUUCCUGCAGGGGGCCGAGGACAUGGGGCUGCGAAGUUAUGACCAGUUGGUCAUUCAAAAUGCAUCGGACAUCGCACGAGAGAGCGACCGUUUGCGCUGCCACAGCAACAGCCUUCGCAAUACCAUUGGCAACAGUCCACCACUUGGUGAGAGGCCGGAGCCAGUGGGUAAGGAAGAGGAUCAGCCUGUUAGGAGGGUUGUUGAGAAAGGUGGGAAAGUCCACGAGGGCCACGUCAAUGGGGGUGGUCGAGUCAUUCGCCACUUUCGGUCCAGCUCAGUACCCAUCCCCCUCGCCAUGGAGAUUAUGGUCCAUUCUUCUGCCAGUCCACCCAUCAAACCAGCCCUGCAGCAGGUCACUCAUGCCAAUGAGGAUGGGGCAGGCGGGGGGAGUCUCUCAUCUCCUCGGAAGCAACCUCCUCCCAAACCAAAGAGGGACCCCAACACACGUCUGAGUGCAUCUUAUGAAGCAGUUAGUGCUGGGUUGAUGAUGGCAGCUAAAGAGUGCCACACUCCAGAGGGCUACUGUUCACCAGCUGGAAGCCCCCCUAAAUCCCAGCUGUCCCCCACAGACCCUGCAGCCUUGUCCAAGCCCCGCCCCCACAGUGAUGACUACACCACCAUGAGGAAGGUGCCACCCCCCAAACCAAAGCGCAGUCCCAACACUAAGCUGACGGGCUCGUACGAAGAUAUCAAUGCUGUAGCGCCCAGACUCAGCCAGCUGCGUCCUGCCGAUGUGAAGCUGGCCUUCCUGUCCCGUGGUGGUGGAUUUGGAGGGUUUGGGGGUUUUAUGCAGAGAGCAGCCUCCAUUGAUGCUCCACAAGGGGUGGCACUGAGCCUGUUCCAGGGUCAUGAUGAGGAGGAUGUGUACAUAGAAAUGUUGGGCUCCCAGCCGCGGGCUCGGAGCCUCCAGGAGCCCCCUGACAGUCCAGAACAGGCUUCUGACUCAGAAGCUGUCUACGAGGAGAUGAAGUAUUUCCCUCAUGAAGAUGGUGGACCUCUUGCCACUGUGAUUACCAAGGCAGCGAAACUGGAGGCUUUAGGUUUGGGCUUGGUGGGAUUAGUGACGUCUGCUUCUCAGAGUGGGGAGACUAAACGUGUGGCGGGAGGGGUGGCUGCUUCCAUGGACAUAGCUUACUCACACAGCACAUCUAGUAGUGUAGCUAACAAAGGUCAACAUGGCAAAGAUGGCAGCUGUGACAUCCCCGCUCCCUUUCCCAACUUGCUCCCCCACCGCCCACCUCUCCUGGUGUUUCCCCCUUCCCCCGUCACCUGUUCCCCUGCUUCAGACGAGUCACCCCUCACCCCACUAGAGGUAAAAAAGCUGCCAGUGUUUGAGACAAACCUGAACUACGCUACUGGCCCAGACAGCCCUCUGUCUCCUCAGUAUGCCCGCCAGAGGGCUGACUCCUCCCCUAGCCUCACUGUCCUCAUGCCAGAGAAGAAGUCUACACCUCCACUCACCCCUCCACCUCCACCUCCUCCCCCCAGUGCACCCCCUCCUCCCUACAGACCCCCUUCACACUUCCCCUUCCCCCCUGAGGCCAACUUCCUGUCUCUGACACGAGCAGCAUCUGUCACUGGGGGCUCGGACUCCACCAAAACGUCUUCACAAAGGGCAGGGGGGGAACCCCUGGGGAAGCCACCUCCCUACUCCCCAGUGAAGAUGUCUCGUCCCGAGCCUCGGAGAGCGCACUCGUGCUCCUCCUCUCCCCUGCUGUUCAACCCAGCCAAUGGCAGACCCCUGACCAGUCCCCUGGAUGAACUCAACACCCUGUUCAGCUCUGGACGCAGCCUACUGAGGAAGUCCACAUCUGGCCGGAAAAUGAGAGAUGGAGGAUUCAAUUCUAAUAUAAAUCUGCCAGGGAGGGAAGAAUGUGGCUCUGCCCCCAACUCGCCAUCCCUGCCGCUACAGGACAAGAACGCCAACAACCACCAUCCCCACUCCUCUAGCUCCGCCUCCGUAGAGAACGGCAACCAGAUUUCCAACGGGUCGCUGGAGGAUGAGAGUCACAGCAAGUCAAACUCCUCAAGCUCCAGCUCCAUGCACAGACACAUGGACAGCCAUCACACUCAGAUGUUCCAGAGGCUACGUUUGUCCAAUGGCAAUGACAGCUCCGCCCUGGGAGAGCUUCUGCGAUGGCGGCGAGUGCAGUGUGAGGGGCGGGGCAACUGGAAGCAUCGUCCACCUCAGUCCCCGCCCCUGCCCCCCACGCUGCUCUGGACCAACAGGAAGGCCUCUCCAUGACAGAGGCUGUGUCUCUUUCUCUUCAACCACCCUCGCACAUGCUCUUUUUUUUUUUUAUGUGGACCAAGUAACCUGAACACCCAGGGGCUGGGCUGAAGCUCCGAGCCCCAAAGCAUGAGCCGAGUCUCUGGGCUGAAGGUCCUGCCUCUCCGCCUUUGACCUUGACUCUGGAGAAUGCCCCAACCUAUGUAAUAGAAGCUCAGCACUAUGUGACACUGAGAGGUGUAAUCCAUGAGAAAUGAGUGGAGCGCACACACGGUAGAGGUUCACUGGGAGCUUGGGGUUAUUUUAUGAUCAAAUAUUUUACUAACAAACAAAAAUUAUACAGAUGAUAUUAUUUACCUCAGGUCUUCUGAGAUAUAAACCUAUGAUGUCCUUCGAUGGAUUUAAGAGCAAAGCAGCAGCGUUUUUGUGGUCACAUAUGAUCUAUAUCUUCAAUCAUGAUUCACUGCUGCACAUGAAGGAGCUUCACCCAAAAACAUGGUGCUGAUUAUACUUGACAUGCUGUUGUGUGAUAUUCCCAUGAUGUGUGUGUGUGCACCCCCUGAGUCUCAGACCUCUCUAACGUUUACAAGUCAACCGACACCGUCGGGCUCUUUCGGUUUUUAGCAUCAGAGUACUGACUUCGACACGGGACCGUUUUCAGGUACACAGAUCUCACUUAGCCUCUCACGUCUGGGCUCGAAGUGAAUACUACAGCCCUGGCAACGUGGGACCAGGGGUCAGGGUAACCUCAGUAAUAUCCCAUGGUGCACUUCUCCUCCCCAUUGUUACCACCAGCCUUUGAGGAACAAAGUGCAAACGACUGCACUUACCUUUCUAUGAGAAUGGAUCCAUCAUAAACACCUAAAGGUAAAAUAACAAAAGUUAAGCAGUGAGGUAUAUAGUUCAUGUUGUGAACAUGAAACUUUGUGCCAAAGUGACACAACUUAUGAAAGAUAUGUCUAAAAUAACAAGUAAUUUAAAACCUGAUGUGUACAGUUGUCUCCGUAUAUGUACAGACUGACAUAAAUGACCAAAUCACAGGUAUUCAGUAUAGACGACAGUUUCUAAGUAGAAACAAUUGAAAUGUUGAAAAGACGGGACAGAAAAAAGUCUGCUCUUGAAAAGUAGCAACUGAAAUCUCGUGUCUCAUCAGCAUCUGAACAGUCCAGUGUGUUCGGUGUUGUUCAGGAGACUGUGCGGAGCUCAGGAACUCACGCACAGACGAACUGGAUCAAUGUACAGGCCCCGCCCCCCUUGGCGUGGGUGGGUGGGUCGACACCCGCCACCCUCCGUGUCCUCUCUCAACCUUUCCACACUUGACCCCAACAAACUGACCCGCUCCUCUGAGCUCCUGCCCCCGACACCUCCCUAAUGGAUCAAACCGGCUCUACGGGUGUUUCCAUGGUAACUGCUAUGUAAAUUGUGACUAGUGGCGUAUGUUGUAGCUUUUACUAUGGCAGAAAAGCACAGAGAUUGAAGUGAAGGACGAGGAUGAGAUGAUACUUUGUACGAUGGUGAAACUGGGAUGUAAGAAUGUCUUGGGUUCGAUGCAAUGACUAAGGUAAAGAGAAGAGGUUUAUUUUAAAAUGUGAAUAUCUUUUUUUCAGAAUGAUGAUUGUCUAUGGCUAUGAAAUCCUUUAUACUCUAUUUAAUAUUAUUUGUUGGCCCCUCCUGAACCUGUUGUUCUGUUCCUUUGAUGCAAGGCAGAUGUUUUCAUUGUAUAUGGAUGUUUUAUUGCACAGUGUUUAUGUGGUGUGGUGUUGACUCCUGUAAUGGGCUGGGUGUGUCUCAACAAGGUGGUUGAUAUUUGCAGAUCGGUUCGGGAUUGUUAGAGCCGCAGAGUAUCAAUAGCUCUGAUGGAUUUCUCAUUCCCACUGAUCACCCGCAAUGUGUCCGAUUGAUUCAGCCUCACAAAUUAGCAGCACCAUCACAGGAUCGAUCUCGGGCUGCUGUCGAUGCGCGAAGGUGCACGAAUAUUCGAGAGGAAAAAGAGACCACUGACGUUCACAACAGAGACGGAGAAUCACACUUUUUUUCGACUGGCUGGCUGAAUGUAUAAAUGCACAUUUUAAUUUCUCUGCCUGCGCACAUCAAUAAGACCCUGUGUAACUUAUUACUGGAACAUGCGCCUGUAUCUAACAAGUGUACCUGACUGCUUGAUGUGAUUAUUAUCUUCAAAAAGUUAUGUAUGCACUUCAUUUCAUUUAAAAAAAAUUAAGUUAAGGAUGAUGAGUUAUUGAGUUGCUCCAUGAUUCACACGUCGUUCGCUGCGAUUGGGGCUGCAUGUGCUGCAGAACUGUGUCGGACAUUUUCAUUGUGGUGCGAUUCAGCUCAUUCACACUUGGAUUUAAACUCAUCAAACACAACAAGACAGGAACUAGGAUCAAGCCAGUCGACGUCACCAGUGCCAGUGAAGGAGCCUCUGUAUCUGUCCGUCAUUAUCAUCAGGCUUCUGGUUUCCAUGUGUGAAUAUUUUACAGAUUACUGACAUGUGAUGAGGAGGGUUUUUAUUGUCUUUUAAAGCGUAUCAUUACUUUCUACCUUGCAUGACCACGUGUUGGACCCAGCCCAGUAGAACAUGCUCAUGCUAAAGAGAUUUAUAUCAAAACAGGCUGUCUAAUGUGAAGAACUGCUUCCCUCUGCACUGUGAAUCACUGCACUGUUCCCGUCGCCUCCUCCGACUGCUCGGACCGCUCCAUGCUCGUAUCUCCUCCAUCACAUCCGACCUCUUAUGACCAACCUCCUGUCAAACCCUGGCAGCCAGAUUACUGCCAGUCAUCUCUGUCGGUCAGGACUCAGAUCAGCUCUGUGGUGCUACAGCCAGCGCACGACAACCAUUCUGUUGUUCCCCAGUCCGUGUGUAGUCGUCCAGAGCGACAGGAUGUUUUAGCACCUGAACAGCGGUAUCUCACUGCCUUUCAUAGUGUGUGUUUGUUUUUUGUUUUUUGUUUUUUAUUGUACAUAACAUACGUUUCAUAUGUUUUAAACCUGCAUACAUACGUGUUUGUGGAAAGAAAAAGAUUGUAUGUGAUAUUUCAUAAUUAUUAUGUUCCCAAUGUUUUAUAAGAACUGUACCUGUACAGCAAUAAAGCACAAUUGUGUCAAUGCCA